AUGGACGUUUCGUCGCUAUGCAAUACUAUUUCGGGCUCGCCGCAUGGGUUCUUGGUUCCUUCCAAUGAACUGCACCUUACUUCGCGACUCGCGACAAAGAAUUUCCUUGAUCCGUUAGCAUCCAGCUUGACAACCCUUCAGGACCGAUGGCACAAAUCUCAGAAGAAUGGUCCAAGAGACAAUAAAUAUCCCGCCAAGAAUCGCUUUCGCGUACAAAAGCUUUAUCUUGACGGGUUCUCCGUUGGGCAGGUGUGGGAACAGGUUGUGAGAAUCAUAGACGAGACGAACGAUCAACUGAGCAAUGAUAUAGAAGCAACCGCAAAGUCUUUGCGGAAUAGUGUUGGAAAGGGAAGGCUGCAUUCACCGCAGUCCGUCGCAUCUGACCAAGAUGAUAACGCGCUGGAAGAUGAAAUCAGCCAGUCCGAAGUGGGAUCACAAUCUAAACCUGAGGAUUACAAUCUAGAAUCCGAGGAGAUGGAGCAAGACAUGGAGGAGGAUGUCGAGGAGGGAUCCGAUGAGGGGUUGGAGGACGAAUCGAAUGCGGAAUUUGAAGAAAGAUCCUCAGUAUCGGAAGAUGCUACCUCGGAGACAUAUGUGGAAGAUAAGUUUGGGUUGAAUGACGGUUUCUUUUCGAUCGACGACUUCAACAAACAAAGUGAAUAUUUCGAGAGGAUGGAUGAGAGGGGUGAUCAAGACGAACUCAGCGACGAGGAGGAAAUUGACUGGCAUGCUGACAUGGCCUCAGCAACAGCAUCUACCGCUCGACCAUCCAAAUCGGACAAGCCUGCUGCGGUUGAGGAUGAAAUUGAGGAUAGUGACGAUAGUGAUGCAGGCCCUACCUUUGGUGAUGCCGGAUUUGGAGAUGAUGACAGCGAUGAAGAACUAGAAGGUGAUGCUAUGGGUGCAGACUGGCUAGACACCAACGACAUCAAAUACGAUGACUUCUUCGCCCCACCACCUCGCAAAGCGUCAAAAAAGAAGGCCAGACCACUCCCAAAGACACAACCAACAGCGGCACCGACUGACGAUGAUGUCGAACGUGCUAUUUCAGACGUCCGUCGCGACCUGUUUGAGGAUUUCUCGGAUGAAGCAGACUCUGAUGUGGAUAUGGAUGCAGGCGAGGCGGAGGGCGGACGCUCAACGCAUGAAAAGCAGAAAGCCAAAAUAGCGGAUGAGAUUCGUCGACUAGAAAUGGCCAAUAUCGCAAAAAAGGAGUGGAUGCUUGCUGGUGAAGCCAGGGCACCACAGCGGCCGCUCAAUUCACUUAUUGAGGAGGAUCUUGAAUUUGAACGUGUCGGCAAGCCCGUGCCUGUGGUUACCAAUGAGACUUCGGAAGAGAUUGAACAGCUCAUCAAGCGGAGAAUCAUUGCUAAAGAGUUUGACGAGGUUGUUCGACGGUUACCAGACUCUAUUCGACAGCAUGAUAUCAGUCGAGGACGUGUUGAAGUGGACCAAACCAAACCCCAACAGAGUCUUGCCGAGUUGUACGAGAACGAACAUUUACGAGCAACUGACCCCUCGUAUGUGGACCAGAAAAACGAGAAACUCAAGAAAGAACAUGCCGAGAUUGCACAGCUUUGGAAGAGCACUAGCUCUCAGCUUGACGCAUUAUCGAACUGGCACUACAAACCUAGUGUCCCUCAACCUAAUAUCAAUGUCAUUACCGAUGUCGCUACAGUGAUGAUGGAAGACGCACGACCUGGUGGCAGUGCAGUUGUGGGAGAACAAGGAACUUUGGCUCCUCAGGAGGUAUAUCAUCCUAAAGUUGGCGCCGGCCUUGGAGGAGAAGUUGUCCUGAAGAAUGGUGUAUCUGUGGCCAAAGAUGAAAUGAGCCGCGAAGAAAAGACGAGGAGAAGGCGAAAUGAGAAGAAGAAGUUCAAGGUUUCGUCGCAACAACCCGGCAAACAGAAAAAGACGGAUGAAGGGCAACAGAUCUUGUCUGAUCUUAAAAAGGGUGGUGUGCAAAUGGUUGGACAAGGGGGUGAAUUGCAGUCCCUCAAUGAGCGGCGCAAGUCUGGCAAUGCCACUACGACUCAAAGUGAUAGCUUAAAAUUAUAG